AUGCCGGUGGCGCAGUUCAUGGCCAUCUGUCUCGGAGACCCGGAACUGGGCUAUUACACAACGCGGGAACCCUUUGGCAACCAGGGCGACUUCGUCACCGCUCCGGAAAUCAGCCAGAUGUUCGGUGAACUUGUCGGUGCCACCUGUGUUUCGGCCUUCGACCGUCUCGGGCAUCCGGAGGCCUUCCAUCUGGUGGAACUGGGUCCGGGGCGCGGAACCCUGAUGGCCGAUUUGUUGCGGGCAGCGUCACUGCGCCCGGGCUUUGUCGCGGCGGCCCGGCUGCAUCUGGUGGAGACGAGCCCGCGUCUCAGGCAGAUCCAGGAAAGAACGCUGGCCGGGGCACCUCUGACACCAGCCUUCCAUGACACGUUCGAAACCAUCCCGGACGGACCUGUUCUUGUCGUUGCGAAUGAGUUUUUCGACGCUCUGCCCAUACACCAGUUUGUCAAAACUCCCGGCGGCUGGCACGAACGCGUCGUGGGGCUGGAUGCGGACGGCGCGCUCGCAUUCGGCGCCGGCGCGGCGCGUAUCCCGGACGGUGACAUACCUGACGAAUUCAUGAACGCUUCGACAGGAUCGGUGUUCGAGACACAACCAGCCGCCAAUGCGAUCGCCGAGAGACUGGGACAAAGGCUCGCGCGCGAUGGCGGUGCUGCGAUCAUUUUCGACUACGGCUAUCUGAAAUCGGCGACCGGCGACACAUUGCAGGCGCUCUACCGGCACGCCUAUGACGAUAUUCUGGCACAUCCCGGAGAGGCCGACCUGACGGCCCACGUGAACUUUGAAGCCCUGGCGGGCGCGGCAGUUCACGGCGGCACGGCUUCGCACGCUGUGCUGACCCAGGGCGACUUCCUGCUGCAAUCGGGUCUUCUGGAGCGGGCAGGAUCACUUGGUGCGGGAAAGACGCACAAGGACCAGGAAGCCAUUCGCGACGCGGUUGAGCGCCUCGCGGCCCCCGGUCAGAUGGGGGAUCUGUUCAAGGUCAGGGUCCGGACGCUGCGAUCGCGCGCGUCAGUUUUAGGGCAGUUCAUGAAGAUCGAAGCAGAAGCACUGAACCUUGACGGAAUCCGCCACGGCUUUUUCACGCGGGAAGGCGGUGUUUCGAAAGGCAUUUACGAGAGCCUCAAUGUCGGCCUCGGCUCCGAAGACCUGCGCGACACGGUGCUAGAGAACCGCGGCCGCGUCGCCGAUGCGCUUCGCGUAUCCACUGACCGGCUGUUGUCGCCCUAUCAGAUACACUCGCCGGAUGUCCUGACCGUGGAAGGGCCCUGGGAAGACGGCCAACACAAAAAGGCUGACGCGCUGGUCACCGACAGACCGGGACUGGCGAUCGGCAUACUGACCGCCGAUUGCGGUCCGAUCCUCUUUGCCGAUCCGGCUGCCGGCGUCGUUGGUGCGGCGCAUUCGGGCUGGAAGGGCGCGCUCACCGGUGUCCUUGAAAACACGGUCUCGGCGAUGGAGGCGCGCGGCGCAGCACGAGAAAACACCGUUGCCGUUCUCGGACCGACAAUUUCCCGGCAAUCCUAUGAGGUGGGACCGGAGUUCCAUGACCGCUUUGUCAACGAUGCGGCAGGCAACGAUGUCUAUUUCAAGCCGUCCGAACGCGAUGGCCACUUCAUGUUUGAUCUCCCGGCAUUCAUCACCGACCGUCUGCGGGAAACCGGAUUGGGCAAGGUCGCCGACCUGAACCUGUGCACCUAUUGCGACGAAGACCGCUUCUUUUCCUACAGGCGGACAACCCACCGUGGCGAGCCGGAUUAUGGCCGCCAGAUCAGCGCGAUAUCCCUUGAGGCUUGA